UUCCCUAAUUGUCAUCAUUAAAGAACUUUCUAUAUCACUUCAAGAUCAAUACCUUUAUAUCUCUGUUAGCAAUUUCCGAGUAAUUUAUUGACAGUUUUAAACAGCCGCUUUUUUUUCAAUCAAUGAAAGAGAAGUGAUACGGUGUGGUCGGGAAAAAUUAUUGACAAUUAUUCUGGGUAGAUUUGUUUUUAAAUGCAAAAUUGUUGAAUAAAUGUUUAUUCUUUUAAGCCUUUCCUUCCGACAAAAGUACAUGUAGCAAGAUUUCGGCAAACAUAUUAAGCGCGAGACUCUUCCAGGAACUGCGCCUCUUUUCUGGAGGACUUUUGAAAUCUUAAAGAAAAGAAAACUGAAGCGGUCAGCGGAUAAUGCAGUCACCAUAAUCGCUUGCUCGUCUCUGAGUAUUUCCCCCCGAUAUUUUGAGGGAUGAAAAAGUCUUUCCUGGUCACAAACUUCACGAGCUGACAUUGAAAUUGAUGCUGUUUUGAGGGAUUUUGUGGAAUUUAUGCUGACCGAUACACCAAGGCUUGCACACCACUUGAGAUAGCUUUUUUUUCGCCGUGCACAUGCCUCACGACGCUUCAGUGAGAUUAAUUGUGAUUUGAUAAAUACCGUGGUCCUCGAAUCUGCUUUGUGACAAAUAAGGAGGAUUACAAAAUUGAUUUCUGGCCUUGGAAAAGGUUGUUAAAACAAUCCACCAAUAUUAGCUCGCUCAUUUAAUCUGUUGAUUGAGCGUUGCUUUAUACAAGUUUGCCAUUUUAAACUUUUACCUAAACACAGGAAAGACCGGUACUUAACAUUCAAAUCAAUAUUCAAUAUUGAGUUUUUUAAAGAAUGCAGAUUGGAUCGAAUUCUUUUCAAAUUUAUAAAGUUUCCGCCACAGUCGCUUAAAAAAAUAUUCAUUCAUAUGAUAAUUGAUUGACUUUGGUAAUAAAGCCUUCGCUCGGGAAAGCGCACCUUCACAACCAGGCGAACACGGGGAACAAUUAGUGACCAAUUGUGCUGUGUUUCAUCCAUAUUUGAUGAGUUGCUUGGUUUUUAAAUUCCUGUUUACGUGCCGAUAUAUGGCCGGGCAAUUAACGAGUUGAUUGGGAGAAAGUAAAGAUCUAAUGCAGUUUAUCUGGCGGUGAUAUUCUAUAUGAGAUAAUUUCACACUCGGCCGGGGGAAUGCGAGAUUGAUCGUAGAAGAUUGGGAAAGGUGUUAGUUUGUGGUGGAAUCAACGAAAAAAGAAAAGGAUUAUUAUUUAAACUGAUUUUUAUUUUUUAAAAUGUCCAAAUUUAUGUUUCACAUACGAUUUUCUAGUGAGGAGGAUUAUCUCCAUCAGCAUGAACUGUACGAGAUGCUGCGAUCCAGGAAUUUAUAUCAGGUGCAAUUCGAUUUAAAGAAAAGGUUGGAGAAACGCAUUCGCUCUAUAGAACUAGCUGAAAAAAUGCAUGUUGCGACUUCUCAGAGUAAGAAAACCAUGUUCCUUCACACGGUUCAAGAGCGCAUAAAGAAGAGGAAUCGGUUUGGGGAACGAUAUAAACGUAAUUUUUCUACCGGGGAUGUCGAGGAGGAAUUAGAAAACCAGCCCAAACACCAUCUUAAACGAUCUCCAAAGGUAAUCAGACAAACGAGCCAGGAACCUCCAGACACGAGCGAGAAAGAGGUGACCAGAAGUCAAACAGCGCCGGAAAUGGGUAUUUUUGAAAAAUACAAAGACGUAAACGCACCUUCAGACGAAGAACUAAUGACUUUGAGGCGAAACGUUACAUUCUGCGGUAAAUCUUUUCCUAUGGCAAAGAGUGCUAAGCGCCGCUCCCGACCUCAGCAUCUUCAGUCAGUAGAGGAAGUUCAACGAACCGACAAAUUAACAGAAAUUAACGAUAAACAAGAAAAUCAUUCCCAACUUUUACCGGAAAUCAAUGCGGGAAAUUCCAAACCAGACGAGACUAGGAAGAAAAGGACUUUGUCUCCAGCCAACCUGGCCAUUGUUAAAAAUAUGUCAAUGUUUGAAUCCGGCGUCACGGCACCAGACGGGCGGCUGAUACUGUCUAAAGAGGACUACGACGAAUUCAUCGAUCAGUACCGCCAGGCGCAGAAAAACUGGCUGCGUACACAGCGGCGUAAAAGUGAAAGUCUUGAGGAAAAAAUAAGAAACUUCAAAAUUGUAAGCGAUGAACCAUCUUAGGGUUUUUUAAAUAUACUUAGUGACACCAAACUUAUGAGGAGGAAUGUGAAUACCCUUGCUAAUUCUUUGCAAUACCAUUCCAAUACUUUGUUAGUUUAUAGAUUAUCUUGUUACAGUCCAAGACCAUUCAAACCUUCAAUUAUUUGAUGAAGAUUUAAACUAUCAAAUUUUCACGGGACAGUGACAAACAAAGAUAAACAAGGAAAGUUGGUUUUCUCAGCGCGCGAUCGUUCGAUCAAUUAUCGAUAGGUUUGCUUGGACCAUUUUGUGUAAUCUAAAAGGGAUUGAGAAUCGAUGUCCUGUACACUUCCUCAGAAGUGUCAAAGUUCGAACACAGCGGUAAAAAGAUACACUUCAAACAAAUUAACGUGUUAUCUUUUUAAUGUGAAAACGAUUCCAGACUUCAACGAUCGAACGAAGAACAGCCACAAAAAUACCGUUGCAUGAGGUAUGCCGUUUGGAGCGAUCAUUUGUUCCGACGCCUUGUAACAUUUACCUAGUAAAACUUGGGUUUUUUCGUUAAACUAAUAAAAUUUCUGUUAAUUAGC